UGCGGGUGGUGGCGGUGAUGGUGGGCGAGCGGAACCCAUGAGGAGCGGCGCCGGUAGCCGGAGAGCGACGCACCGACAGAGAGAUGGCGGGAGUGUUCGACAUCGACCUGGACCCUGAGUACCAGCAGGAGGAAGGCGUCUCUGACGAGGAGUUGGAAGGGGUGCAGUACAGUGACUGCAUGGAGCAUGGAGUUCCCUUUGAACUGGAUAUGGAACACUGUGAAAAAUUUGAAAUCUCUGAAAACAAUGUGAACAGAGGACCAGAAAAAAUCCGACCGGAAUGCUUUGAGCUUCUACGUGUGCUAGGCAAAGGUGGUUAUGGGAAGGUUUUCCAAGUAAGGAAGGUAUCGGGUGCAUAUACUGGAAAGAUAUUUGCCAUGAAAGUGCUAAAGAAGGCAAUGAUUGUUCGUAAUGCAAAGGACACAGCCCAUACUAAAGCAGAGCGCAGUAUCUUGGAAGAUGUGAAGCAUCCAUUCAUUGUGGAUCUGAUGUAUGCUUUCCAGACUGGGGGGAAGCUCUACCUCAUUCUUGAAUAUCUCAGCGGUGGAGAGCUCUUCAUGCAGCUGGAAAGAGAAGGAAUCUUUAUGGAAGACACUGCUUGCUUUUAUCUAGCGGAAAUCUCAAUGGCUUUGGGGCACUUGCAUCAGAAAGGUAUUAUCUACCGUGACUUGAAGCCAGAAAACAUCAUGCUCAAUCAUCAAGGGCAUGUUAAACUAACAGAUUUUGGAUUAUGUAAAGAAUCUAUUCAUGAUGGUGCGGUGACUCACACCUUCUGUGGUACAAUAGAGUACAUGGCACCAGAAAUUUUAAUGAGAAGUGGACACAAUCGUGCUGUGGACUGGUGGAGUUUAGGAGCCCUAAUGUACGACAUGCUGACGGGAGCACCCCCUUUCACUGGCGAGAACAGGAAGAAGACUAUCGAUAAAAUCCUGAAGUGUAAACUCAAUCUGCCACCCUACCUCACACACGAAGCCAGAGACCUCCUUAAAAAGCUGCUAAAAAGGAAUGCUUCGUCACGACUUGGAGCUGGAGUUGGGGAUGCAACUGAUGUCCAGGCUCAUCCUUUCUUCAGACACACAAACUGGGAGGAUCUUUUAGCUCGUAGAGUUGAACCACCUUUCAAGCCAUUUCUGCAAUCAGAUGAUGAUGUCAGUCAGUUUGAUUCAAAGUUCACACGGCAGACACCUGUUGACAGCCCUGAUGACUCGACCCUCAGCGAAAGUGCCAAUCAAGUCUUCCUGGGAUUCACGUACGUGGCUCCAUCAGUACUGGAAAGCGUUAAGGAAAAAUUCUCAUUCGAGCCAAAAAUCCGUUCACCUCGCAGGUUCAUAGGCAGCCCUCGGACUCCGGUGAGCCCAGUCAAGUUUUCUUCUGCUGACUGCUGGGGUCGGGGAGCCGGCAUGGAGCCACCCGAGGGGCGUGGGUCAUCGGACUACCCAAUGGAUGUUGGGAUGGAACAGAUGGACGUAAACAGUAGUGGAGAGGCCUCGGCUCCACUGCCAAUCCGGCAUCCAUUGGGUGUGAGUUCUGUGCCUUUCAAAAAGCAAACGUAUCCAGUGCCCCCUACCAGACCAGCACACCUGCGCAUGACCUAUGACAACAGCUGAACAUGGAAAGAAGGGGAAAAUAGAACACUGAUUCCAAGACUGUGUGGAUGCAAACAUUCACCGAGUACAAACGGGAAAGUGUUUUUGGGGUAUGCUACCAAGCCGCCUCAUCUUUCUCUCCCUCAGCCCCUUAUAAAAAUGUCUGUGGAAGUCUCGGUUUCAGAACCGUUGUACAAUGAAAAACAUGCAUCACUGGCCCGGAAAAAAAAGGGAGAUUAAAAUAAUUGGCAAGGGUGGUGAACAUCUUUGUGAGAAGCACGUACUGGAACAAUUAGAGGGGCAUUGACGUCCCAUGUGGGUGAUUCACCUCUUGAGGUUCUGCACUUGACAUGAACAGAAAACGCCCGUGGCUCAUCAUCGUUUAAUGGUGUUGAAGAAAUUCUUCCUGCUUAGGUGCCUGAACGAACACAGUAUUACCAAAGGCAGAGUUGCCCCACAGCUUUGCCUGAACCUCUCAUCAAACUGAAGCUGGUGUCCAGAGGGUGGGGGUGGGUGCAGAGAAUGUUGGGUGCAUCUUGCACUUCGG